ACAUCAACUCAGCAAACCAUUUCUCUCCAUCAAGAAAACAGAGUAAACAAGAAACAGAGCAUCCUAACAGAAACAGGGGAGACCAAUCUUUCUCGGAGAACACAACAAUGGCGGUGUCGAGAUUAGCUCUCGCAGCAAUCGUGAUUGCCGCUCUUCUCCAUAGCUCCGCCGCUCAGACUACCCACACAGUCGGAGGAACCACCGGAUGGACCAUCCCUCGGGGCGGCGAAUCGGUUUACUCCAACUGGGCUGCCGGCAAUUCCUUCGCCGUCGGAGACAUUCUCGUGUUCAAUUUCGCUGCUGGAGCUCACGAUGUGACGCAAGUUAACAAGGCCGACUACGACUCCUGCUCGGCGGCCAAUCCUAUGAUGACUUCGACAACCGGUCCGGCGAGAAUCACCCUGAGCUCAUCCGGCGAGCAUUACUUCAUCUGUGGCGUCCCCGGCCACUGCAGCGCCGGCCAGAAGGUCACCGUCAAUGUUCUUGCUUCCACUACUGCGUCUUCCCCUGCUCCGGCUCCCGUGACGCCUUCUUCCCCAGCUCCCCGUCGCGCUCUCACCCCUACCUCUGCCCCGACUCCAUCCACUUCCCCUGUUUCCGGCGAUUUCCCGUCGUCAGCACCUGCCCGGACUCCUUCGACUUCCCCUGUUUCCGGCGAUGUCCCCACGUCAGCACCGGCUCCUUCUGCGAGGAGCCCGAUGACUUACACCGUCGGCGAUUCUUUCGGGUGGAACAUUCCCACUAACGGAGCUACUCUGUUCCAAAACUGGGCUGCCGGCAAAGACUUCAUGGUCGGCGAUAUCCUUGUCUUCAACUACACCGCCGGAGCACACAACGUGGCGGAAGUGAUCAGCGACGCCUACACGGCGUGCACAACGACCAAUCCGAUCUCCCUGGACAGCAACCCGCCGUCGAGAAUCACGCUGACCACCGCCGGCGAGCACUUCUACCUUUGCGCCGUUCCCGGGCAUUGCUCCGCCGGCCAACAGCUUUCCAUCAAUGUCGCCGGCGCAGCCAGCUCCACCCCUGGUACCCCAUCACCGUCAGGGUCGACCACUCCCUCGUCCCCUGCCGGUGACGUGGCUCCACCGUCGCCAAACUCCGCCACCUCCGUCGCCGGAGUGUCGGCCGCCGCGUUUUUGUCCGUUUUCGUGGCUCUGUUGUUAUAGAUGGAGUGAUCACUAGACACAUUUCAGCCCGGAAUGUGAUUUUUUUAUAUAUAUAUUGUAUUCUUGUGUUGGUUAUUGGUUGUUAUAUAGAUUGUAUUUCUCACAUACAUUAUAUUAAUAAAGGAAAUUUUUGGAG